AUGAAUAGAUGUAUUACCUCUAUUCUUCAAAGAUCUAACACAUCCUUGAGAUUUAGUACAUUACAAUGUUAUAAUAAUAAUAUUUAUAAAUCAAUUAGUAAUACUAAUAGUAAAUCUAGAAGUACUAACAAUAGUCAGAGAUCUUCUUCUUCAUUUUCAAUAGUUAGUCAUAAUAAUAACAAUAAUAAUAACAAUACAAGAAUACAAUGCAAUUUUAAUGUUUUUGGUGGUUUUAGUAUUAGAUAUUUUGGUAGUGGUAUUGGUUUUGGUUUUGGUUUUGAAACAGUAGAUAGUAUUAAUAACUACAAUAACAACAGUAGUGAUAAUAAUAGUCAAGAGAUGAUAAAGAUGAUGGGUCAAAUCGAUCAAUUUGUGCUUAUGGGUCAAUAUGAUGAUGCUUUAGCACUGUGUGAUCGAAUGUUGCGUGUUGACUCUGAGUAUAUAAUCACUAUUCACCUUGCUAAAGCUAGAAUUCUGUUGGAUCAUUAUGGUGAUUCCGAAAAGGCAUUGGAGGAAUGUAAUAAAGCACAUGCUGCCAAAUCUAGAUUUGAAAGUUCAUGUCAUAAAUCAUUGACUUUCAAUAUCGAUUUAACGAAACUUCAUGUGCUUGUUGAACAGGAUAAUGUUAAAGCUGCUUCUCAUCUUGCGUUGGCUAUCGUUGCCCAACAUCCCGAUGAUAUCGAUGCACCAUUCCUUCGAUCUGCUUUCCUCGCAUGUAAUAAUGCAGAAGACCACCAGUCGUGUCGUAAGAUCCUCAUGUUAUUGCAGAAUCGAUUCCCUGACGAAUUUACACCGAUUGAAUCGAUCUAUCUUGGAAUCACCGAAUUUAAUUUAGGAAUGAAGGACGAUGCUUUGGAGCGGAUCAAUAUUGGUUUAUCAAGUUGUCCAGCAUCAGAAUACAAAAACUUACGCAAUGUUUUUUUCUCUGCACUGACAGUGAAAGCAGCGCUUCUUCAAGACAAACCAAAAGAACAAAUCGAUACUCUAAAGAUACUUGUUGAGCUUCAACCAGAUUCUCUUAAUUCGUAUAAGUUAUGUUCUACUCUAUCACAACUAGACAGAUAUGAAGAAGCCUAUAAAUAUGCUGAAUUAUCAUUGAAAUGUUGGAAUGAAUGA